AGAGCUUUGACAAAUGUCUCCCAAUCAAGUUCUUCAGCUUGAUUCGAAGCUCCAUCAACUUCAAAGAAAACUUUGGAGCUUCCCACACAGGCUUUGACAAUUAUUCAACCCAGCCUCAUAUUAUAGCGAAAAAGGAGAUAGAGAGGCUAGAAGAGUCGCGCAGGCUUUCUGCGCAUCUCCUGCGAAGAUGGCGACUACUUCUAAUAUGUUUCUCUACUCUUUAACCAUCCAGCCUCCCACUACAAUUACUCAAGCUAUUCUCGGUCAGUUUUCUGGUACCAAAGAGCAACAAAUUGUCACGGCCUCAAACUCGCGACUCACAUUGCUACGUCCGGAGCCAUCACAAGGGAAAGUCAUUACCCUUCUCUCCCACGAUGUUUUUGGUAUCAUCAGGUCCAUCGCUGCCUUUCGCUUGGCAGGAAGCAGUAAGGACUAUAUAAUACUUGCCACUGAUUCGGGACGCAUUGCAAUUAUCGAGUAUAUCCCUCAACAGAACCGUUUCAAACAACAAAAACUCGAGACUUUUGGAAAAUCGGGAGUGCGUCGUGUCGUCCCUGGUCAAUAUCUGGCUUGUGAUCCCAAAGGUCGUGCCUGUCUUAUCGCGUCGGUUGAGAAGAAUAAGUUGGUCUAUGUCCUGAACCGAAAUGCCCAGGCAGAACUUACCAUUUCUUCGCCUCUAGAGGCCCAUAAGCCGGGAACAAUCGUGCUCUCGAUGGUCGCUCUAGAUGUUGGCUAUGCAAACCCAGUAUUUGCAGCAUUAGAGGUCGAUUACUCCGAAGUAGACCAGGACCCUUCGGGGCAAGCUCUGUCUGAAGUCGAGACACAGCUAGUUUACUACGAGCUAGACCUUGGGUUGAAUCACGUCGUCAGAAAAUGGCACGAACCAGUUGACCCUACUGCGUCUAUACUGUUCCAAGUUCCUGGCGGUAAUGACGGGCCUAGCGGUGUUUUAGUAUGUGGAGAAGAGAAUGUCACGUAUAGACACUCUAACCAGGAGGCAUUUCGUGUACCGAUUCCCAGAAGAAAAGGUGCGACAGAAGAUCCUCAGCGAAAACGCUCGAUCGUUUCUGGUGUCAUGCACAAACUCAAGGGAAAUGCAGGCGCUUUCUUUUUCCUCCUGCAGACGGAAGACGGCGAUCUUUUCAAGGUUACCAUCGACAUGGCUGAAGAUGAAGAUGGCAAUGCAACGGGAGAGGUUCGACGGCUGAAGAUCAAAUAUUUUGAUACGGUGCCGGUAUCCACAAGCCUCUGCAUUCUGAAAAGCGGGUUUCUGUUUGUUGCUAGCGAGUUCGGGAACCAUCAUUUCUACCAGUUUGAGAAACUGGGUGACGAUGAUGACGAGCUAGAAUUCACUAGCGAUGACUUCCCGACGGAUCCACAGGCAUCAUACAAUCCUGCCUAUUUCUACCCAAGAGCAGCCGAAAAUCUAAGUCUAGUUGAAAGCAUUGAUUCAAUGAAUCCCCUUGUCGAUUGCAAGGUAGCCAACUUGACUGGCGAUGACGCACCACAAAUUUACUCUAUCUGCGGAAAUGGCGCGCGGAGUACAUUUAGGACCCUGAAGCAUGGCCUAGAGGUAAACGAAAUUGUAGCCUCAGAGCUCCCAGGUGUUCCGUCUGCUGUCUGGACUACCAAGCUCAACAGGGAUGAUCGAUACGACGCUUACAUUAUCCUCUCGUUUAGUAAUGGUACUUUGGUACUCAGCAUUGGCGAGACUGUGGAAGAGGUAACCGACACAGGCUUUCUUUCGACAGUUCCAACGUUAGCUGUCCAGCAACUAGGUGAGGAUGGUCUCAUCCAAGUACAUCCCAAGGGCAUUCGACAUAUCGUUAAAGGACGUGUAAACGAGUGGGAAGCACCACAGCAUCGAUCAAUUGUUGCUGCUUCUACCAAUGAACGCCAAGUUGCUGUCGCGUUAAGCUCGGGUGAAAUUGUCUACUUUGAGAUGGCCGAUGACGGGUCUUUGGCUGAGUAUGAUGAAAAGAAGGAAAUGUUCGGGACCGUCACUUGCCUAAGUUUGGGCGAGGUUCCUGAAGGUCGCCUGCGAAGUUCAUUUCUUGCUGUUGGAUGUGACGACUGCACUGUCCGAAUUCUCAGCCUGGAUCUGGAAUCCACGCUUGAGAGCAAAUCCGUGCAAGCGUUAACUGCCGCCCCAUCUGCACUUUCUAUAAUGUCCAUGGAGGACUCUUCGUCUGGCGGUUCAACUCUAUAUUUGCAUAUCGGUCUGCAUUCCGGCGUUUAUCUACGUACUGUUCUAGAUGAGGUAACCGGAGAACUUACUGAUACUCGUCAGAAGUUUCUCGGCCCUAGAGCUGUGCGACUCUUUCAGACCUCAGUUCAAGGCCGGACUUGUGUUCUAGCUCUUAGCUCGAGAACUUGGUUAGGGUACUCGGAUCCAAUCACCAAGAGUUUCAUGAUGACCCCUCUAGAUUAUAGCGACUUAGAAUGGGGCUGGAGUUUUAGCAGCGAGCAAUGUGAAGAAGGAAUGGUGGGCAUUCAGGGCCAAAAUCUCAAGAUCUUCUCUAUCGACAGGUUAGGUGACACGCUGUUGCAACAGUCGAUUCCUCUAACGUACACCCCUCGACGCCUCGCCAAGCAUCCAGACCAACCUUAUUUCUAUACUAUUGAAUCUGAUAAUAACACGUUACCGCCUGAGUUACGUCAACAACUCCUAGCAGACCCCGGCGUGGUUAAUGGCGAUGCUGCUGUACUGCCACCAGAGGAGUUUGGGUAUCCCAGAGGCCGUGGUAGAUGGGCAUCUUGUAUCAGUGUCGUGGAUCCACUGACGGAGAAGCGAGUCCUGCAAACACUGGAACUGACUGAGAAUGAAGCUGCCGUCAGCAUGGCUACGGUGUCUUUUGCAAGUCAAGAUAACGAGACAUUCCUCGUGGUUGGAACCGGAAAGGACAUGAUUGUUAGUCCCCGCCAGUUCAGCGCAGGAUAUAUACAUGUCUACAGAUUCCGUGACGACGGUAAAGAAAUCGAAUUCAUUCAUAAGACGAAGGUAGAAGAACCACCGAUGGCCCUGGUGCAAUUUCAGGGUCGCCUACUGGCAGGAAUUGGCAAAACCCUUCGCGCCUAUGAUCUUGGGCUUCGCCAACUUCUCCGAAAAGCGCAAGCCGAGGUUGCACCUCAGCUCAUUGUCUCCUUACAAACUCAAGGCAGUCGUAUCAUCGUUGGUGACGUUCAACAAGGAGUGACUUACGUCGUGUACAAAUAUGAAAGUAACAAACUAAUACCUUUCGCUGACGACACAAUCGCUCGAUGGACAAAUUGCACAACUAUGGUGGACUAUGAGUCGGUUGCUGGCGGAGAUAAAUUCGGAAACAUGUGGAUUGUACGAUGCCCACAAAAAGCGAGCGAGGAGGCUGACGAAGACGGAACCGGGGCGCAUUUGCAGCACGCCCGAGAAUAUCUGCAUGGUGUAAACCACCGCUUAAGCCUCAUGGCCCAUUUUUACACUCAGGAUGUUCCUACCAGUAUAAGCAAAACCAACCUGGUAGUUGGUGGACAGGAUGUACUCCUUUGGAGUGGAAUACAAGGAACCAUUGGCGUAUUAAUCCCAUUCGUAAGUCGGGAAGACGCGGAUUUCUUCCAGAGCCUCGAGUCGCACAUGCGAACUGAGGAUCCACCCCUAGCCGGAAGGGAUCACCUUAUAUAUAGGGGCUAUUAUGCUCCCGUAAAGGGGGUUAUCGAUGGCGACCUGUGUGAAAGAUUUGCGCUACUUCCCAACGAUAAAAAGCAGAUGAUUGCGGGAGAACUGGAUCGUUCAGUCCGGGAGAUUGAGAGAAAGUUAUCUGAUGUUCGAACUCGGUCGGCAUUUUAAUGAGAGAAAGUUAUGCAAUGCAAAGGCGCCUGGAGUAAUGAGGAGUAUCCUGUAUUUACGGAAUCUAUUCCCGGGAUCCGGAUAGGGGGAGAAU